GCCACUUUAAACUUUGGAGAAAUACAUUACAUAGUAUCAUAUGACCAACCCCAAUUUCUUGAGUGGCCGGCCCCAACAUAAGUUUACCUCAUGGUUGAAAAAUACAAAAACCACGACAGUAUGACCCUAAUACCAAUUGGACCCGGCCGUUAGAAAGAAAGAAAGAAAAGCUUAAGUGCCCAGGUGCUUCUGUCCCGCAUCGAGCUACCCAGCUUGGACACCUACCCGUAGCCCUAUCUAGAACCUACCUCGGGUAAUAAUAAACGCUGCAUAGUACCCUGGACUCUAAUUACAUACUUAGUAAAGUCCAUUACAUACAAAGAUCAGAAGCUUCACUUAAACGUGGGAAUUGCCUCACUCGUGAUCUGCUUAUCUAAACAAAGAGCUUAAGCUCCUGACAAGCUCCGAUCUCGUCCUCCAUAUCCCCCGGAACUUGCCAUCGUCACAAUUGUAUUUAUCUUAAGCCAAGCCCAGCCACAUAUGAGCUGUAUAUUCCAUUUCACAACCUCAAAUUUAUAUUGACCGACUAUUCUUAAGAAGAUCCAAUUGUGAUUUAUUUACCUAAUAAUCUACCCAUUGAGAAAUAUCAAGAACAAAAGAAAGGAAGAGAUAGAUAAAGAAGAAAAAUGCUCCAAUCCAUAUCCCCCAAGCACGACGUGCACCACGAGCGGCGGCGCAAGAACUCCCUCGCGAGCCUGACCUCCUCCCUGCACGACAACAAAACGCACCUCCUCCUCGCCGCCACCGGCUCCGUCGCCACCAUCAAGCUCCCCCUCAUCAUCUCGACCCUAGCGCGCAACCACGCGCAGCGACAACACACCGAUGGCGCCACCGCCAAAGACCUCAGCAUCCGCGUCCUCCUAACCCCCUCCGCCUCCCGCUUCCUCGCCGGCCAGUCCCACGAGCAGCCCCCCAUGUCCUCGCUGCUGACCAUGGACUGCGUCGAUGGCGUCUACAUCGACGCCGACGAGUGGCGCGAGCCGUGGAAGCGCGGCGAUGCGAUUGUGCAUAUUGAGCUGCGACGGUGGGCCGACCUCCUCGUCAUCGCACCCCUGAGCGCCAACACCAUGGCCAAGAUCGUAGGCGGCUUCGCCGACAGCCUGUUGACGAGCGUUGUGCGCGCGUGGGACGCGUGGGGGGAUCUCGAUGUCCCGAACCCCAACUCCAACGGUGGCGGCAGUGGUAGUCGAAGGCGGAAGCAGAAGAAGCGCAUCUUAGUCGCUCCCGCAAUGAACACAGCCAUGUGGCGACACCCCAUCACCGCCAAGCAGCUCGCCGUGCUCGAGGACGAAUGGGGCGUCCACUCCAAACUCCCAGCCCAGGCCAAACCCCAACCCGGCGGCGAGAGUGCAGACCACGAGGAGAAUGACACGGACGGCUGGUUCGAGGUGCUCCGGCCCGGACAGAAGACGCUGGCGUGUGGCGAUGUGGGCGACGGCGCCAUGAUGGAGUGGAGCGAUAUCGUGGCUGUUAUUGAGGAUAGGUUGGGCUUGGAGGGGUGAGAUUUUUCGUUGAGAGUGUGCUGUAGUAUGAGUUUUACUAAGAAAGGGGGGGGGGUUUUCAAUGAUGGCGGGUUUACAUAGGAAGGACAGGCGUUAUGGGGAGUAUAUUUACCCUGGAAGAUAUCGUUGCCUCGUUGAAAAUUUAGGAAUUGAGGACGUAGUUAUUAUAGGAGACUAAAUUGUAGAAAAAUCGAGUAAUUGGGAUUUAAUAUUGACUUGACGUGCGAAAAUAGCGC